ACUACCACAAGGCACUUCUAAUCAUGAAAAAUAUAUCGGACGGAUGUGAUGCGAUUGGUACAAUAACAAAGUCGUUGAUAAAUUUAUGAACUGUUGUUGUUUCAUUUUGUCAACAUGGCAGACGCGGCUGACCGUCGAGAAGCACGACGUAGAAGAAUAUUAGAAAAUUCCGAAAAUCGUCUGCGAAUCAUAAGUGGUCUCACUAAAGUUGAUGAUUCAGGGGACUUGACCCAGAAUAUUAAGGACGAUGGUCUCACCGCUUUGCCAGUUGAGAAGGAAGCGGAUGCUUUUCCAACUAAGAGUGAUGUUGCUUCUUAUAGCUCUCCACUAAGCUACAAUAAAGUUUCCUUUUCUGAAGAGGUAAAACAUUUCCAAUCUACAAGUGAACUUGAUAAUCAUCUAACAGAACCUGUGAUACCUCCAAUGUCCAAAUCCAUUGGGGCUUCCCUAUCCCAACCUCAGUUGCCAAAGUCAAUUGUUUCUACAUUGUUGGAGACGCGACUGUACCUGGUUGGUCUAGCUAUAAUAGUGCGAUUACUUUUGUCGUCUAACCAUGGCUACUUGUUUGGAGAUUCAAUAUUUGUGCCACUAUUCACUACUCAGUUUGUAAGAUAUUUUGGAAUUGCCCCUUAUGCCAACAGCAAUAGUGGUGGCAUGAUUAAUGCAGCUCUUAUGCUAUCUGGCAUGUCGUCUCGGCAAAUUAACUUAUUAAUCAAAACCUUGGGAUUCAUGAAGGUUUUUCUCACUGACUUUUACAUUUACUUCUUCACUUUUAUGAUGGUGCAUGUUUUACUUGAAAUUUCUGUGAAUUGAUGAAGGCCUGACAUGUUUUUGCAUUUUAGGUGCUUUGUUGUCUUCCCCUUUGAUGUAAUGAUGUAAUUUCUUGUCCCAUUCGCAAAUGCCUUUGUAUAGCAUUUAAUCAAACAAAUUUUGAUACUGUGUAAUUUAUAUAGUAUUUUUAUAAAGACAUGGUUUUUACUGUGAAUAAUUAUGUGAUCAAUGGAAACGAGCUUUUUCUGAACAGUUGUGGUAUGUACAGGGAUGAAAAAAUACAGACAGUAGUUGGAAAUUCAAGUUAUUUAGUCAAUUUAAUAUUGUCUUCUUAUGUAAAAUGAGAAUGAGAAAAUUCUGCAAAUGAAGCUAUAACUGCAUUUAUUACAAAGGUGCUUCUUGCCUAAUUAAUUAUAAUUUGACAUAUUAAAUAGUAAUUGUCGAAAUUUA